AUGGAUCGAUUUUUCGUAACAGUGGAUGUCGCUGCUGCGCCGGCCGAUGAGCCGGCAUAUGCGGACAGGUGUGGGAGCCAAAUGACGCCUGAUCAAGCCGGAAACAUGGUCGUGGUCAAUCGCAUGCUAGAAGCAUGGGCGACGGGAAAGCUGUCACCAUUUUUGGCUUCUCUUACAGGUAAGAUGGACUAUGCCACUGUUCUCGGAACAAGAUUGUCCGCUGUCUCGCGUGGCAAAAAUGAGAAGGAUGAGAGCAGAACCAGAAAAGAUGGAAGAGGGACGGCAUCUAUUUCGCGGUCGCCCACGAUAUGCAAUAGUUCCGGGGCUUCCUGCUCUUCGUCUUCCUCCAAUACUAGGGAGGUGCGCCGUACUAGAGAUUCGCCAGCGACGACGAAAGUAAACAGUUCCUCGUGUGAAGCGUCUCCUCGCGAGAGUAACCGGAGCACGGCAGAGCCCUUCUCACCACGCAGCCUAGGCACUGCGUGCAGUUCAAUCGACAGUUUGUCGCGGUCGUCGCCCCGAGAACAAAGCAGCAGUUCGAAAUCGCCAUGUUCUAGGAAAGGAUACGAGGAAUUGACGACGAUUCAGGCAUCGAGCUCCUCCGUUUCACUGGUGCUCACAGGACUGCCAAGAAGUGGAGCGAGCCCAUCGUCCUCCUCGAAGCCAGAGGCUCAUAGCGCUUCUGCACUCCUUUUUACGCCACCGACCCGCGCAGGAAGAAGGACGCUGACAGUUGUAUCGGCAACCCCUGAUUCAGUCGUAAACGUGGCUCCCGCAUCCUUUUCACACAAGACCAGCGUCGAAAAAGAAACUUCAUCAGCGGCAGCGGCUGCAGAUAGAGAGGAGCAGUCUACACACGGCGACUCAUCAACAUCGUUCGUUUCGCGUAGUGAUGCUGACCACUCGAACUGGAGUGGCACCGAAAACGAUGGUUUCUCAGAAGAUGGCGAGAUGACGCUGACGCAGAUAGAGGGGCGCGUUCGCCGCUUGGACGCAAAGAAGGCGAGAGCAGAAAAGCAAACCGCGGCCACUAAGGAAAAACAAAUGUUGGAGAUGAGCCAAGUAGGCAAAGAAGUCAAUAAUCAUAAGUCGUCGGCGAGUGUUGAUUCCGCAGGCUCUAGAAGACAAAACUACAAGGAAUCAGCAGAGCUGGCUCCCCCACGGCCAAUGGUGCCGGUGGAUAUCCCGGCAGCUGAUAUGCAAGCGCUAUCUCAAUUCUUUGCUCCCGAUUUUGAUUGUGACUGUCGCGGCCCUCCGGAUUUGAAGCAGGUCUUUUGCAGAUAUACAGGACUAAAAGAGUCGCUAAUGUGGCUUCAUUUCCUGGAUACUUUUCAAGUGCGGAUUUUGGAUACCAAUCUCUUUCCAGGUCCGCCGGAUUCCAAGAAAGUGUACCUGGACUGGAGGUACGAGAUUGCGAUUCCAGCGCCGCGACCAAGAACAGGUGGACUUGAAGAGAGGCAGCCUGGGGAUGAAAUAAGUGGAGGAAAUGGAAAUGCAGGGGGACGGGCGGCUUCCGCGGUAGCCAUACCAAAGGGAACGGAACCUUCUGCCUGCGGAGAUGCAGUUGUGGUGCGAGGUUUUAACGACCUCAUCUGCUAUACAAUCGAGCGAAAGCGAAUCCGCUCGAUGCGGAUCUUCUUCGGAGCACCAGACAAAUGGAUCAAAGCAGUGCAAUUGAUGUAUGGAUCUUAGCGAAAGACGGAUAAGUACAUAGUGAUAAAGCGAAAGACGGAUAAGUACAUAGUGAUAACAUAACCAAAGUCGGAAGAUGGAACUUGUAGGACUGGCGCGUGCUUAUUCUGAUUUACUGGAAGUCCUUAGUUGAUUGGCAGUUUUGAUAUUUUGAUGCAUGUUUAGAAUGUAACACCUUUUCCGAUUGUUGUUCUUGUUCUGGAUUCAGCCUUGACCUCGGAACACGUGUGUAAUUGGAUCAUGCUUUUAAGUCUUUUUUUGCAUGUUUUUUUGUCCUCUUCGCACUUAAUUCUUGUUUGAAAACAAGUCUUAGUUGGUUUGUACAAUCUCAAUCUUCACACGACUUCUACAUACUUUUUACCACCUACAUCCUCCAUUCUCCCAAAGUACUUCUCAGAUGAGUCAAGUCUACUAUUAGAAUUGAAAAAUGUCCAAAGACCAAACACAUGCAUCCUUAGCCCAUUCGGUGUCGUCCAAUUUUCCAAUGGUUCUUUGCAUCUAGUGAUGAAAGAUUCUUUAGUUUUGUUUAAACGCAGGUAGGUUCUGACUUAUCGGAACUCGCUCGCACUACAAAAAAAAAAAAAAGCGAGAUUAAUUGUAUUGUAUUGUAUUGUAUUGCACAGCAAUAGUCGAAAAACUUUACGAGGAAGAGCGUAUGAAUGAAACAAGACUGUCUUAGAAAUGUCGAGCCACUCAACCGUCUUAUAAUUGAUUUCUUGUUUUUGCGAAGAUAGUUAGUUGAAUUUUUUCUUCAAUUAGCUUGGGUGUGUUUUCCACAAGAAAUUGUCAUAGGUCCAUCAGUAAAAGUACUUGAAUUUGUAGUCUACAGCUUGUUGAUUUCGCGGUUGAGGUAUGACCAUGAGUCACUUACUCGUCUGGUUGUUCUCUUUGCUAUUCAUUGUGUGAGAAGUGUCAACAUUGCAACCCACUAUACCAAGAAACAAGUGCUGUUAGUUUCUUAUGUUGUGGACACCAAACAAAGAAAAUGGAGAAAUGGC